AUGGAAUUCCAAGAUGCUCCCCCGACUCAGGGGCAAAGCAAGCUCCGUAUCGUCACGGUUAUGAUAGCGCUGGCGCUAUCUAUGUUCGUGGCGGCACUCGAUCAAACUAUUGUUUCAACUGCGAUUCCCACUAUCGCUGCUCAUUUCCACUCGGCUGCUGGGUAUACUUGGAUUGGUGGUGCUUAUCUUCUUGCCAAUGCCGCUGGGGCCUGUAUCUGGGCUAAGCUUUCUGAUAUCUGGGGGCGGAAACCGAUCUUGCUCUUGGCCGUCGGGUGGUUCUUUAUUAGUUCCAUCAUCUGUGCCACAGCUGUCAAUAUGGAAAUGUUGAUUGCUGGUCGCGCAUUGCAGGGUGUUGCUGGAGGUGGUCUGCUGCAGCUUGUCACUAUCAUUAUUUCUGAUCUUUUUAGUGUUAGACACCGCAGCCUUUAUCUCGGUCUCAUGGAAGUGAUGUGGGCUUUUGCUGGAGGUAUCGGUCCUAUCCUAGGAGGUGCUUUCUCUCAAUACACAGGCUGGAGAUGGACAUUCUGGAUCAAUCUGCCUGUUUCUGGUGUCACCUUCGUUCUGCUCUUCUUUUUCUUGGAUGUGCAUAAUCCUCAAACAAAGAUCAUGGACGGAAUCCGGGCGAUCGACUGGUUCGGCAGUCUCUCAGUCUUGGGUCUCACCCUGAUGCUCCUAUUAGGGCUGGAUUUUGGAGGAGAGACCUUUGCAUGGAAAUCCCCCCAAGUGAUUUGCCUGAUCGUUUUUGGAUCUUUGUGCUCUUUGCUGUUUGUAUACAGCGAGAAGAAGCUUGCAAAGUAUCCUCUGAUGCCAUUGGAUAUCUUCUCUCGUCUGUCAAACGUUGCUACGCUCGCCGUUGCUUUCGCGCACGGAUUCGUCUUCAUUGCUGGUGAAUACUACAUCCCUCUUUAUCUCCAGUCGGUACACCAAGCAUCACCAAUGCGAUCAGGUGUCCUCAUUCUCCCACUCGUCAUCACCGAGGCCGUUGGAGGCAUUCUCUGCGGCGCCAUCAUUCACCGUACCGGUCGCUACCUCGAGCUCAUCUGGCUUGGCCUCGUUCUUCUGACGAUCGGAAGCGGACUUUACAUCAACCUAAAUGCGACAUCCUCAACCGCCGAGAUUGUGGGCUACCAAAUCCUCAGCGGUUUCGGCGCCGGCUUCCUCUUUCAAACCCCCAUCAUCGCUAUUCAAGCCAUGGUCUCCCAAGAAGACACCGCCACCGCUACAGCCACGCUCGGUUUCAUCCGUAACAUGGCGACAGCCUGCUCCAUCGUUAUCGGCGGUGUCGUCUUCCAGAACAGUAUGGGCGAGCAGCACUCGAACUUGUUGGCUUCUGGAAUGUCCGAAGAGAUGGCAGACAGAAUGUCUGGAGAUGCUGCUGCUGCAAGCAUUGAGUAUAUCAAGGAUAUCACGGACCCUGUGCAGCUGCUUGCCAUUAAAGAGGCCUUUGCUUGGAGUCUGCGGAACAUGUGGAUCUUGUAUACCUGCAUGUCUGUCCUUGGUGUUUUCUGCUCUGCUUUCAUUCUGAAGGCUAAGUUGAGCAAGGAGCAUGUUGAGACUAGGACUGGGUUGAACAUUGAGAAGGCCCCUGCUGAGAAUGUACAUAGCGUCUAG